CAAAAAAAUGUAAAAAAUGAGCCGAUAUAUCCAAGUGCCUCUUUAAAUUGUGAAGCGUCAUAGUUUUGGGUUUGAGAUUUGGUUGCGGUUUCGUUUCAUUUUUCUUUUCUCGCACUUACAGCGGGGAAAUAAAGCGAUCUCCGUGUUCAUCGAUCGAACACGCAAAUCAAUGCGCCCUGUCGAGAGCUUACGCGCGCGGGGGGGGGGUCUUUGCAAUGACGUGAGAUGUGAUCGAAAACGACGUUAAAAAAAAAUCCCCAAAAGUAAGGCAAGUUUGGCCCAAAUGUUCGGAGUUUGCUCAUGUGUGACUUCACACCCCCGCUCAGUGGCGCAUGGAAACACUUGGCGACGCGUCAAAAGUCCAAUUUGGCGCAGCCCCUGUUAAAUAGCCGCGUCCGCCGCGUCACGACCCACAGUUGCGACCUCUUUGAGGGGGCGAAAGACUCGACUCGUCUGGGAUCUUAUCGCCAGCGUCAUUUUCGCUCUCCUUUAGCAAUCAUGAACGCUCGCGGUGGAUUUAAUGUUUCGGAUGCGAACCAGCCCUCCGACAUGUGGAGACCGUGGAUUCGAAACGACUCGACGGCUUCCCUACUUGUGGCUCCUUUCGAUCCUGCUGCAACGCAACCCAAACCGGCCCUUUUCGUUCACCCCGUCAAGUUGUACUGGCCCAAAACCAAAUGCUUUGACUAUCUGUACCGGGAAGCCGAGAUGCUCCUUCGGAACUACCCGGUCCAAGCCACCAUCUGCCCCUGUGAAGACUCUUCGUCCACUGAGGAGGACACGGAGGAAGAUGAUGAUGAUGAUGGUGGUGAUGAUGAGGAUGAUGACGAUAGUGAUGAUGAAGAGGAGGAAGUGACAGAGAUGGCCAAAGACCUCCAGUAAAGUUUCCAGUUAUGUGCAUAAUGGUUUAAUAUAUUUCCUAUUCCUAUUUAUUGCUGUAAAUAUUUGUAAAUAGACCAGCUGUCAUUUGUUUUAUACCACACACACCCAAAAAAAAAAAAAAAUUCUAAAU